AAAGUGAAGUGAGGAAGUAGAAUAGAAUAAUAAUUAAGUGUAAGAAGUUUGUCGAAGUCAAGUACCAGAAAGCCACGCGUAAACUUCACUUGUUGUCCCUCUUAUUACCACCUCCACACAUUUCUCCACCCAAAUAAAACACACACACGCGACCACCGUCCACGGCGUUCUCCGGCACCGGAAAAAAAGAUGAUGUUGCGUGACGUGUCAGCUUGCAAUACGUACAAUUACGGUGAUGCCCUUUACUGGGAUGCCCGCUAUGUUCAAGAAGGUGGUUCAUUUGAUUGGUACCAACGUUAUUCUGCUCUUCACCCUUUUGUUCGUCGUUAUGUUCCUACAACCUCAAAGGUUCUCAUGGUUGGCUGUGGCAAUGCUGUGAUGUCGGAGGAUAUGGUUAAGGAUGGUUAUGAAGAAAUAGUGAAUGUUGAUAUAUCAGCAGUAGCUAUUGAUAUGAUGAAAAAGAAGUAUGAGCACGUUCCGCAGAUGAAAUACUUGCAAAUGGAUGUCAGAGAUAUGAGCUUCUUUCCUGAUGAAUCGUUUGACGCUGUCAUUGAUAAGGGAACCCUUGAUUCAUUAAUGUGUGGUACCAAUGCUCCAAUUUGUGCUGCACAAAUGCUUGGAGAAGUGAACAGGCUUCUCAAGAAUGGAGGUGUUUAUAUGUUGAUAACAUAUGGUGAUCCUACAGCAAGGAUGCCUCAUCUGAGUCGAUCAGUGUUUAACUGGAAAAUUGAGUUAUACAUCAUACCUAGACCAGGAUUUCAAAAGCAUGGUGAUCCUCCUAAUGUGAAGUCGUGCUUGGAACCUAUUCCCUUAACCGAGAAGGGCCUACUUCCGGCAGAUUAUGUGAUGGCAGAUCCAGAUUCUCAUUUUAUUUACAUCUGUAAAAAAAUUGAUGAAUCAGUGGAGCUGAGCAGCAAAUCCACUGAUCCAUUGACUGCUGAUUUACUAUAGGAAUCGUUCUAGGCUUGGGAGCAUUGAUUCUUCAAGUCUGGGUGUCCAAAUCGGCAGAAACCAUGUACGCUUACUGAAGGAUGUACUCUUGUUAUCUAGGUUUGCAGUGUAUCUUCUUUUUAUUGGAUAUACUUAGGAAAAAGUCUGUAUUGGGGGUACGAGAGAGACAGGGAGAAUUUGUUUGUCUGUUGUUUUUCCUUCUCCGUCUUGAACUCCGUAUUUCAUUUUGGUAAUUGCGGUGUUCGGGCUUGCUUGGGUGUACCUCAUUUAUUCCACAGGGAACUGUUACUUCCUCCGAAACAUGUAUUGGGUAACUCUGUCCAUUAAGGUUUAGAUUCACGGGCAGAAACCACCGACCCCCCGUGAUGUUCAAUCUUUUGUCUUUUCUUACCUGUACUUUUUUAGGGUGGGAACUGGUGACAGGAGGAGAAGAGGGGGACAAGUAUUUUGGCAGUAGUUCUGUCGAGAAUUUCUCGGCUCAGAAAAGAAGCCAGAUUAAGCCCCAAUGUCUUGUCUUUGGGCGUGCCACUAGCUUGUGCUAGGUAGUUAUGUUGUGAAUCUAAUAAAAGAUACCCUAUAUAUAGUUAUUAUCAGUUUCUAAACAAUUUUGCUUGAGUGUUGUGGAACAGAGAACUGGAAUACUUCAUUUGGUUAAUGUUCUCUGGUAUUCAAUGCUGUUAUUUGUACACUC